AUUGGCCACGAGAUCAUGCACGCCUACGACGUCGACGGUAUGAUGGUCGACGAUUUGGCCAAGCGAGUCGAGUUCGGGAACGCUUCGACCAUGGUCGAGUACGAGCGCAAAGUUUUGUGCCUCCGCAAGUCGUACGAAACGGCCGGAGAGAAUGCCAGGCAACUUGACGACAUCACCGACUCCGAAGGCUUCGCCGAUUUCUCGGGACUACAGUUGGCCUACGCCGCCUACCGCACCCUGCCGGCCGCUGAGCGGGACGCGACGGUGCCUGACGUCGGCCUGAGCGCCGAGAAAACCUUCUUCGUGGCGCACUGCCUCAAGUGGUGCGACCUGGUCAAGCAGCGUAAGCCGGGAGGUCGCUACUGGCCCGGCAGGUCGCGCUGCAUCGUGCCGCUGCAGAACAUGCCCGAGUUCGCGACCGCCUUCGGAUGCAAAACCGGGGACCUGAUGAACCCCUCAGAGAGAUGCGCCUUCUGGUAGAGGACGCGAAGAUAUGCCUUCAUUGCACGUCUAGUCUGCGCGCCUGGAUUGUAUAUAUAGCUGCAGCAUAUAUGGUGGUAUUACUGCCGGUUUUUAUCUCUUACUAUCUCUUUCCGCACUUAUAUCUCUCGUUAUUAUUUCCUGUUCAUCCUAUCGACUCCUCUUGUCUCACUGUUCUUUGAAAGCUUUGUUUUGUAUAUGUUCGUAUUUAUCAAUAUAUUUUCGAUAUCAGUACAUGCUCGAUCAAAAUAUGUUCAGUUUGUAUAUCGCGCCGCUGCAGAACAUG